AUGGCGGUUAGCGCGAUUUAUAUAGGAAGAUUGAUGGAGCAUCCGGUAUCACUCAACCUGUCUAGGCGGAAAAAGUAUGAACUCCUUACGGUAUGCUCGGUUGGUGUCUUCACGCUCAUCGCGAGCGUCAUUCGCCUUCCGUACCUCCACCACUUGAAUCAGUCCACGGACCCAACUUGGGACGUUGUCAACAUUGCCAUGUGGUCCAUCGCCGAGCUCGGGUCCGCCAUCACGCUGACCAGCGUCCCUGCCAUCCGGCCGUUGGUCGGCCACUACUUCCCCCACCUCAUGGGCAGCCUCGUCGGCAAGAGCACUGGCGAUCACGCCAACAGCGACAGGACGCCGGUGUUCGGCGGGUCAAGCCGCAGCAAGAAGACGACCGAGUUCUCGGCGACCGAGACGAUGCCGGCCGACAACACGAAGGCCAAGCAGGACUGGCAUCAGUAUAUCGAGUUGGACGACCAGGACGAUGCGCGGACGAAGCGGAGUGCUGAUAUGGAAAGCCAGGAGCACAUCCUGCCCCCGAGCGCUCAAAAUCCGGCCCGAGCGAAGUGA